GGUCGACACCUGUCUCGCGUGACUCUGACCAAUAAAUUUUCGAUCAAAUGCAAUGGAUAUAUUCCCAGAUAAAGUCUCAAAAGCGGCUGACGCUGCAAACAUCAUCUCGGAAUUUGUUGCUCACGAGCAAGUCUGCACUCUGUCAGAUCUGCACCGCGCCCUCUUCCGCUCAUCGGCGACCAAGAAGCAGCUGAAUGUCAAAACAAGCCCGGUUUCUGUGGCGGUAGUUGUUUUGUGCGGCUCUGCAAUAUUAUCCAUUGUAGAUACAGUCAUAUCAUCGGUGGUGAAAUUGGUCGAGGCAAUGGCAGAUGAACCGGUUGUUCUGGUCAUCACCGGUGGCAUCGGGCACUCGACCCAAUUGCUAUAUGAUGCUGUAGCUCGACAUCCCAAGUACAAUAGCAUUACUGGCCAAGUUCAGGGACAACCAGAGGCUCGGGUCUUCCAGACCAUUGUCGAGCAAUUCUUUCACCUUGAAGUUGAAAAGGGCAGCCUCAUAACCGCCGGAAAGCACCCAACACAAAAGCUCACUAUUUUGAUCGAGGAUGCCUCAACAAAUUGUGCACUAAAUGCAGUGUUCACGAGAAAGGUAUUAGACCAGCAUGGAUACACAUCACCAUAUUCUAUUGUCGUCGCUCAAGAUCCCACCAUGUGCCGGCGUACAGUUGCUGCCUUUGAGCAAGUUUAUUCUGAUAAGAUGGACGAUACUCCUGUGUUUGCCGGCUGGCCAACCUUCGUGCCCAGGGUGGCGGUUCAAGACUCUAUAGCUCAAAACCAAGUGGGCGGUCUCAGUUCCUACUUGCGGUAUGAGAUUGCAGAGUUUUACAACAACCAAGCCAACGGUCUUUGGGGUAUGGAACGACUUAUGUCUCUACUUGUUGGCGAAAUUCCACGAAUGAGAGACGACCAGAAUGGAUACGGGCCGCGAGGCAAAGGCUCUAUCGUCCAUGUUGAUAUACCGCAAUAUGUCGAGGAUGCAUGGAUGAUACUUGGCGAUACACUCGGCCAGAAGACGCGAUAGCGCAGUGUGCACGCAUAGGUCGAGUGAGGUUGAUUGAAUACAUACGUACCAGAGCUGUGGAAUUGCCUUUUGCUGGUCCCACGUGCCCAAGCUUGAACCACACCGUUAUACUAUGGUAGCUUCAGAUGUCUAUUUCAGAGCUGAGAUAGCUCUCAGCGUUGGGUUCAAAUGAAGCGGAUAUGUUGUAAUGUUUACCGUUACCUUGUUUCUGUUCGUUUCUGUUCCGCAAAAGGCAGGGUUGUCUUUACACCAUUUAUCAGUGCAUAUUUGGAAUUUUGGGGAUCAAUUGGGCGAUAGUUAUUACAUACAGCAUCAGCAUCUCCAAUUAGAACGGCGACGCCCAAAAAAACAGUAUCUACGAGAGAUUUCCAAUGUCAUAUUUCA